AUGGCAUCACCAGCUGUCCUGAGCCCACGGCCGAACCCGCCUGGCGCGCCAUUCCAAGAUGCGACCAAGGCCAGAACUCUCGCGCUCCCAAGCCAUACGACCAAGCCCACAAGGUCACCGGCUAUACCACCGGCGGCCCCUUUGGCACGAGACGGCGGCAUGGAUCUCGCUGAGCAAAUGAACGAGCGCGUCCGCAGCCAGUUCGUCAUGGGCAAGAAGCUAGGAGAGGGUACAUAUGCCGUUGUCUUCCAGGCUCACUAUGUCAAUAAUCCCAAGAAGCUCGUCGCCAUCAAAAAGAUCAAGCUCAACGCCGAGUACCCCAACGGAAUCGCCCCCGAUGCUCUUCGCGAAAUGCAGUUCCUCUUCGAGAUUGACCAUCCCAACGUCAUCAAACUACACGACGUCUUCUCAAGCAAGGACCAGAACUUGUCCUUUGUACUCGAACAUCUACCUCUGGGAGACUUGGAGCAGCUAUGGAAGAACAAGGAGAUUACAUAUACAAAGGCGGAUAUUAAAUCUUGGAUGAACAUGCUGUGUCAGGGAAUCUGGUUCUGCCACGAGAACUUUGUCCUACAUCGCGAUAUCAAGGGUAGCAACGCCCUGAUUGCCGCCGACGGGACGGUCAAGCUUGCUGAUUUUGGUCUUGCACGGAGUUUUGCUGACCCAGGAACCAAAAUGACUACCAUGGUCAUCACACGCAUGUAUCGUCCGUUAGAGCUGCUGUACGGUUGUUCGCAUUACGGUGGCACGGCCGACAUGUGGAGUAUCGGCGUCCUGAUGGCAGAACUGUGUAUUCGCAACUGGUUCCUCUAUUCCGACACAGAUAUUCAGCAAGUCGCCGUCAUCUGCGAGAAGUUUGGAACGCCCACCGAGGAGACAUGGCCAGGUGUUUCGUCUCUCCCGUACUACGUUGCGCCUGACAAACAAACUGGCCCACAAGGUUCCACAGCCUUCCGCCAGACACGCCCUCGCGCUUGGUGGAAACAGCAAUUCUCCACCCUGGGAGACGAUGGAUGCGAUUUCAUCAGAAGCUUAUUAACCUUGGACCCGAUGAAAAGGUACACUGCCCGGAAAGCGCUAGAGGACAAAUGGUGGACCAAUGCACCCCGACCCACAAAGAAGGAGAACUUGCCAAAAGAAGGCGGCGGGGCAAAGGCCAUGGGCGAAGAUUUGAAGCGGAGGGGAGGAGAGACGCCUACCAAUGGUCGUGCGGACAAGGUAGCAAGAAAGCUUGACUUCGGCUCCAUGGGGUAG